CGAUCUUCUUUUCUCUCCUCUCGCUCUCUUUCUCUCUGCCCUCUCGAGCGCUCUAACUGGCGGCCGCCGGUCAGCUACGGCCACCACCCCGAGCAAACAACGUUAGGCCUCGGCGGAAUGCCUAGACGGACUGAUCCGUGCGGUUGCUCGCCAGAGCUUCAGCUUUUGCGGUUUGCUCGUUGUGGCCUGGUGCAUCCACUCUUUGCUGCAUGCUUUUAUCUCUUUUUUCUUUUCUCCUCCCGCUUGCCUCCCCGCCUGCCAAAUUUCUUUCCGAAUGACGUCCGCCCCUGGCUGCAAAUCGUAUAUUCUUAUGUACGUAUAGCAUGUCCGUCCGGCUGA